AUGCCCAGAAACAAGCCUCAAAAGGCUGCAAAGUCGGGCAAGCUGUCCACCAGCACCCUCAACCAGCCCCUGCUGCCGUCCUCGGGCGCCACCGCCGCCUCGACCGCCUCGUGCUCCUUUUCGCCCGCGCCCGAACACGGUCUCUUCGCCCACAUCUCCAACCAGGUCCACCAGCAGAGGCUCAAGGUCUACAACGCAUCUGCAUCGGCCGCCGAACAGACGCAGCUCGUCACCGACUACCUCCUCCAGCAGAGCGGCGCAUCCUGCCUCUCGUCGCGAUGGGUCCGCGUUCACGCCUCGCCCGCAUCGGGCUCGCCAUCAAAGGCCUCCAAGAAGCGCAAGCAGUCGCAGGACGGCACCCCGCGUACCGACGAAGCUGAGUCCACAAGCACCCAGCUGCUCCUCGCUCUUGGCCUCUCCUCGGGGCAGAUCCACCUCUUCUCGCCCUCGCUCGCCAAGGCCGUCGCCAUCCUCGACGCUAGCUCCGCCGCCGGCAGCGGCACCUCGGCCGCCGCCAAUGCCGGCGUCGUAUCGCUCAGCCACGCCGAGCGCGAGCGCAUCCUCUUUGCCUGCUCCAAGAACGGCUGGGUCUCGACUUUUGCCACCGCUGGCCUCCAGACUGGUGCCGACCCGACGCCCAUCAAGCCCGUCUCGUCCUUCCGCCCGGACCCCAAAUCGGCCGUCCAGACCGUCUCGGCCCUCGGCAGCCACCUCCUUGCCGCCCACCACAGCAUCACGCUGGUUGACAGCAGCAGCCCCAGCGGCAAGGCCAGGGCCUCGUUCACCGGCCACGCCUCUCCCGUCACGCACCUCGAGUGGAUCGAUGCCAACUCGUUUGUCUCGGCCGCGGAGGGCGACCGCGUCAUCUACGUCUGGUCCUACGAGCCCAGCAGCACCGGUAAGGUGGCUCAGGGCAAGCCCGUGGCCACCGUGGCACUCGACGCCCCCGUCCGCUGCAUCGCCGUGUCCAAGCAGGCGGCAUUGGGAUCCAGCAUUGCCGUCAGCGGCGGCGAUGACGGCGAGCAGCGUCUGCUCAUCGUCGUCGUGACCCAGAGCGGAUCCGUCCGCAUCUACGGUCUUCCCGAUGCGUCGUCCUCCACGCAGCAGGCCGCAGGGACCAAGAAGGCCAAGGCGUCGGUCCUGCCGGCGCUCGAGCUCGUCUCUCAGUUCCAGGGCACCUCGUCCGAAACCGAGUGGCUCGACGCGCGGUUCCUCGACACCAGGGCCGGCCAGGCUGACGGCGUCGCCGACCGGCUCCGGCUCGCCCGGCUCGUCCGCGGAGCCAAAGUCGUCAUUGAGGAUGUCUCGAUCCUCGACGCCAAGACCGGCCUCGUGCGCAAGUCGAUCGAGUUCUCGAGGUCCUCGGGCACCAAGAGCCUGUCUGCGGGCAACGGCCUGCUUAGCGCCAACGCCGACGAUGCGCAGCUGACGGGCGGGUCGGCGCAGACGCAACGCUACGUCGAGCCGCCGACGAGGAUGUCGAGCGCGGCGGACGUGGCGACGGCGUCGCUGCGCGAGGCGGGGCUGGUGGGUGACGAAGAGAUGCCGGUCGCCUCGGCCACUGGCGACGAGCCGACGCUGGCGCAGCGCCUCAACGGUCUGGGCUUCAAGGACCACGGAGACGGCGGCGGCGACGACGACGACGAGCCGGGUGCCGGCGGGCAGAGGCGCGGGACAGGCGGCCUGGUGAGCGAGGCGUCGCUGUGGUCGUCGCUCUCGCAGGCGCUCCACUCUGGCGACACGUCGCUGCUGACCAACUGCCUCAACCACAACGAUGCGGGCCUGAUCCGGGCUACGGUGCGUGGACUGUCCGGCCCGCUGGCCGUCAAGCUGAUCGAGGAGUGCGUGGCGCGCCUCAACGGAGCCGGCGGGUCUACCGCGUCGAAGGGCACGCUAGGCAGCCAGCGCGCGCGCUCGUUGAUCGAGUGGAUCCGCUCUGCGCUGCUGAUCCACAUGGGCUACAUGAUGAGCCUGCCGCACCUCGUGGGGCGGAUGUCGAGCUUGCACAGCACGCUGUCUGCGCGGAUCGCGACGCACGAGCGCCUCCUUGCGCUCAAUGGGCGGCUGGAGCUGGUGCUUUCGCAGAUUGAGGCGCGGGCUGCGUACGUCGAGCAGGCGGCGGCGCGCAAUGGGCAGGCUCCGCAGGUGCAGGGCGUCAAGUUCAGCCAGCAGCGGAGCAAGGCGGCGAGCACCAAGGCGCAGCAGCAGCAGGCGGCGGGCAAGGCUCCGAUCGACGAGCGCGCACGGAGGGAGGGCAAGAAGUGGGUCGAGGAGAGCGACGACGACGACGACGACGACGAGGGCAUGGACGUCGAUGCGACGGGCAUGAUUGUGCGGGGCGACGACGACGAGGACUCGGACGCCGACAUCCAGGACAUUACCCUCGGCGCCGAGGACGACGACGACGAGGAUGACGACGACGAGGAUGACGACGAGGACGAGAUUGUCGUGAGGAGGCGGAGAUCGAGGGCCAAGGCUGCCGCGGCCGAUGGCAACACGUCGGCCGAGUCUGCCGACGAGGAUGAGGACGACGAAGAUGAUGAUGAGGACGAGGACGACGAUGAGGAGGACGAUGAGGACGACGACGACGACGAAGACGACGACGACGCAGAAGACGAGAGCGAUCUCGAAGAGGAGGGCGCAAGCGACCUAGAGGACGAUGAUGAGGACGACGAAGACGACAGCGAGGGCGGUGGGCCCAAUGGCAUGUUUGACCUCGAGGCCGAGGAGGGCACAGACGAGGACGACGAGGACGACGAGUGA